AUGGAACAACUCGGCCUCCCUAUCCACGAAUACGCCGGAUACAUUGCGGAAGCUCUAGCUAUCUUACACUGGGAUGCAGAAGUCGAUGCCAACGAUGUCGAGUUUGUGCUAGGAUCACGCCGUCAACUGCCCACCCAGACCUGCACACCGUUAUCUCCGUCAUACAUCGCCAAACUACCAUACAAUUCUGAUACGCGCAGUCUGACAGAACCAGAGCCUACGACAAAGUUGCAGCCACAAAUUCAAGAUCUUCAAGUAUGGGUACUUGAUUUCGACUGCUGUGAUUCCAUCUCAAUGGACAUCGAAGGCGUUGAAAAAGCAGCCGUCUCAGCGCAAAGAAAUGACCCCUAUAUCCCAAAGCCUUGCGCAUCUGGCACCAAAGAUUACGAGCUUUGGAAACGAUUCUGCAAUAGAUACCUCGCGGUUGGUACAGAGAUUGUGCAACGAAGACAGUUGGAGGAGACACUGCCAAGGUUGUUUAUCGAGCGGUUGGUGGCGCUCCAGGGUGAAACACCCUCCGAGCAUCAACACUUUCCUCGUGGUCCAUAUUGUGCUCGUCAUAACGACGAAGAAGCUUGA